ACGCGAUAUAAGCCGUCAGCCAAUCAAGAUCAAUGGCGGCCAACAAAGCAAUUUCAUUGGAGAUUGGACGCUUUUGACAAAUUCGCUUAUUGGUCUCAGGCUGCUUUGCCCACUUGUUUUGGUCACCCUGCAAUUGGGCGACUGUUUGAACCCCAAAAAAUAGCACGUGCAGUUGUUUACGGUCUGCAGUUUCAGUUGAAAUAUUUCGUGAGUGAGAAAUUGGAUAAAAGGCGGCAGUUGUAUGUCGGACAGUGAAACUUAAUAAAGUUAAGGCAAUAGCCUUAUUCAAUGAUAGUGAGGUAUUAGUCCAUUUCGUUUAUCAAUUGAAGAGUAUGACAUGGUGCAAUGAGUUGCUCGUUUAAAAUGAAAAUUAAAUAUCAAGUGUUGCGAUUGCAUAUGACCGGCUUAGAGAGGAACAUCUAGUUUAAACCCUGCCAAACCGUGGGAGAACGCACGCUUAGAAGAUGCUCUACGUCAACGGAGACAGCAUAAUAGACAUAGACGACGAUGCCAAAAAUGGGAUCGAUAAGGGCCAAAAACUAAGUGAAGAUCAAUUAGAAAUAUUUUGGCCUAAUGUUCAACUGGAGGUUAAAAAUAUAAAGCAAGUAGAUGCAAAAACUCAAGUUCUGCCCCUCGCUCGAAUAAAAAAGAUAAUGAAAUUGGAUGAAAAUGCCAAAAUGAUAGCAGCGGAGGCACCGUUACUUUUUGCAAAAGCAGCAGAAAUAUUCAUCCAGGAAUUGACGUUACGUGCCUGGAUUCAUACACAAGGCAAUAAGCGAAGAACUUUACAAAAAAGUGAUAUCGCUACUGCUAUAUCGAAAUGUGAUCAAUUUGAUUUUUUGAUAGAUAUAGUCCCACGUGAAGAAACUAGUAAACCGGCGCGCAAGGAAUCGGAUAUUCCGAAACCUUCAUCGUCAUCAACGGAUCAAGUGCACUAUUACUUUCAGUUAGCACAACAACAAGCCUUACAGGGAACAUCACAAUCAACUGGUAUGAUCAACCAGUCUCUACCGGUAGCUAGUAAUACUAGUGUUUCAGUAGCGCACACGGCAACCACCCCGCAAAACAUCAUUUUAACUACUGGAAAUACUACAACUUCAUCAAGUCCUGUUGUGGGAAAUAUUCAGUCAACACAGCCCAUUCAAUUUCUGCAGCAGGUAGUGACAUCCACUGGAGAAAUUACGCAUGUACCGAUUACAAUUACACCUAAUCAACUUAAUCUGUUGCGAAUGGGACUCGGUAACGGUGCGAAUACGUCGCCAGCUCAGCAAGUCAUCAUACCAACCAUACAAACUCAGCAGGCUCCUAUAGUGCAAGUGACGAGUAAUCAACAACCGAAUACAUCGAAUAUUUACCUCGGCACAAACCAACAUCAGCAGCAAUCUUUACAUGAGGACAAAAAUAAGAACAUAGCUAAUCAAUUUCGAAGGAAUUGUUGAAAGUCUAUAAAAUGGCUUUUCCUAUAUAAUUUGUUCAAAAAUUAAUUUCGACUAUGAUCUGUUUAUUUUUAAAAUAUUUGGUGGCAAACAAAUUACAUCUUAUAAAUGAAAGCUUUCAAAUUGUUCGUUUAUAGCAAUUUUCACACACGAAAGCAAUCGCAAUUUUCACCGAGACAAGGGAGAAUUAAAUUUUGUCGCUUGUAUUUCGUCGUUACAAAUCCCCGAAAUCAUGUCCGUAAUCGAUAAUCCACUUUUCCUUCUCGCAAUAUUUUAUAUAUGAUUCUUAAAUUUAAAGUCGUAUUAGUGUUUAUCAUAUGAUUGGAUGAUAUCGAAAAUAUCGAGCGACAACCGGAACUAAUUCCGUAGAUAUUAUAUUAAUUGAUCUGCAAGUCUGAGCUGAUUUUACCGUGUCGAAUACAAAAAGGAUAUCUUUAGUUUGGAUGCAUGAACUUCAUUCAGAUAAUCACAAUAAGUUGAGAAUUUUCCGCUAGCUCUGACCUCGAUUGUCGCGAGAGGAGCCACAGAUAUUAUCGUGCUAUUUGAGGAUAUCAUCCUUUUGACUUUUUCUUGGAGAAUAAUAUAGCUUCAAAGGUUUGUUUUUAGAAAUCCGUUUAAGUAAUCAAAUCAGCCACCAACAUUUAUGAUAAUUUAAAACCGAUUUUCCUAAGAUACAAAGAAAUUAACUACCCAGGAUGUGAUUUUUUUUUUUAAUUUUUGUUUCUCUAGAAGACUCCAUUAAGAAUAUAAUUCAGUAUAAUAUCGAAUAUAGAUAAAUUAUUGUUUAUAUAGGAAAUAUAGCCUAUAAUUAUUGAUUAACAUAUAUGUACCUAAAAGUAAUUUUAAGAGUAAUAAAUUAUGUUUUGUAUAAAGUUGUUUUGUAAGAGCGAAAUAAAAGUUUUGUUGUAAGGGAAA